CACGCAGAGCGAAUUGUGCAAAGACCAAGGCUACGAUUGGUCCCUCCACGAUAAGGUUUUAAUUUUGAAUUUUUCUUUAUGGCGAGGGAGAGGCCACUGCCGGGACUCCAUCGUAUCCCCGGACUCUUAGCCUAAAACCAUGCCCAAGUUCAAGCAACGAAGAAGAAAGCUAAAAGCCAAAGCGAAAAGAUUUUUCAAAAGAAAAGAAGCCUCUCACUUUCAGUCUAAGCUAGUUACACCUCCCCCUCCGCCACCCUCACCAGAAAGAGUGGUUAUUCCUUCAACAGAUACACCCCUUAGCAGAAGCUGGCUAAGACCAUCCUGGAACUUCAAAUUUCCCAAUUUUAGAGAUGCAGUAAAGCUUUGGACAAAUAGAGUAUGGUCUAUAUACAACUGGUUUCAGAACUGCAUGGCCCGGAGUUUGGAAAUAUUGAAAAACACCAUCUUUCCAUCCUGUUUCUGCCACCAAGAACUUCAUAGUCUAAAACAACGGUUUCGCAUUUUGGAAAGUGAAUUACGCAAGCUCCAGGAAGCAUUGAAGGCCGUCUCAGAAAAUUCUUCCUGUCCAAGCUGUGGUCAGAUGUGUCACAUGCGUGGUAAACUUACAAAUGUGCCUGCAUGUGCUCUAACCACCCCUGGAGACUCCAAGGCUGUACUGCCCGCCUCACUGCCACAGCCAACCAGUCGUCUUUCUCCGCCCUCGCCUCCACCUCCGCCUCCACCUCCGCCUCCGCCUCCGCCCCCGCCCCCUCCGCCUCCGCCACUGACAGCACCUUUGCUGCUCAGAAAAUCUGAUCUCACUAAAGCACAUCAGGCUGGACCAUUAAAAAAAAAUGGACCCAUGCAUAUAACAGUUAAAGAUCUCCUGACUGUGAAAUUAAAGAAGACACAGAGUUUUGAUGAAAGGAGGAAGCUUGUACCAUCACCAAAGGCACAGAAUCCACUAGUUACUGUCUCUGACCUGCAGUGCGUUUCCCUGAAACCGAAGUCCAAAGUGUUAUCAACUCGAGUUACAAAUGUCUUAAUUACUCCUGGUAAAAGCCAGUUAGAUCUGCGGAAACUACUCAGAAAAGUCGAUGUAGAGAGGAGCCCAGGUGGAACCCCACUUACCAAUAAAGAAAAUAUGGAAACAGGAACUGGGCUGACCCCAGUAAUGACCCAGGCCUUGAAGAGAAAGUUUCAGCUGGCUCACCCUAGAAGCCCAACUCAAACUCUGCCACUUUCUACAAGCAGCUUUGAUGAACAAAACUGAUGCCACCUCUGCCCGACUCCAUAUGAUGAUCCAUAAAAUAUACAGAAAAUAUUACCCCAAUCCUUUUUUUAAUGUAGUAUGUAUAAAUAAUUAUAUUAAUAUAUAAUUCAUUCGAAGAAUUAAAAUAUGUAUGGAGACCACACAUACUGUAGCAUAAAGCGAGUAUUAGGAUAUUUUCUAGUUUACAUGAUCAAUAAUAGAACAGAUGGGAAAAUGCAAUCCCCAAAGUGAUGUUUAUCCUGGAAUUACCGAAUUUAGGUUGGGGAGGUUAUUCAAGUUUAACUAGAUAACUCUUAAUUUUUACUCUAGAGGUGCAGUUAUGACAUUAAGAAAAUAACCUGGUGCCCAUUCAUCUUGGGUAGUCUCAGGUAAUUGAAAAACAAAAUAUUUCAGCCUGUAAAGCUCAUGCACUCAUUAAGUGCUACAAACUUAACCAUAAAAAACAGACCCUCUAGAUUUUAUUUCCGUUCCCUAUAAGCAAUUAAGAAGUAAAGCCAUCCCCCAUUCAAACCUAACUGUUCCAAAAGAAUUUGAAACAAAAACUCCAAUGUGACCUUAAAAAUUAGAAUAUCAUGGGACUUCCCUGGUGGUGCAGUGGAUGGGACUCCGCUCUCCCAAUGCAGGGGGCCCGGGUUCGAUCCCUGGUCAGGGAACUAGAUCCUGCAUACAUGCUGCAACUAAGAGUUCGCAUACCGCAACUAAGGAGCCCACAUGCUGUAACUAAGGAGCUGGCGAGCUGCGACUAAGGAGCCCUGGAGCCACAGCUAAGGAGCCUGCCUGCUGCAACUAAGACCCGGCAUAACCAAAACAAUAAAUAAAUAAAUGGUUUUUUAAAAAAUUAGAAUAUCAUUUCUAGCAUCUUAGGUAGGUAGUUAUAUCUGGCUUACUGAAGUCUGAGAUAUUCCUCACUUUGAUAUCUGCUAUCCACAUUCAUGACGCUAAAUAUAAAUUUCAUGAAGACCUCAACAGGAACCUUGUGUUUUCCACAGUGCCCCACCAAGGAUUCUCUGAAGUCCAUAGCAGGUUCACUGUGAGAUCUGAUUCCCUGUCCUCAACCACCUGUUGAAUCAUUAACAGUAAUCAUGCACACCUCACUGGAUUUUGCUUUUUCCUGACAGUACAGGGUUGACAGGUUUAGCAAAUAUAAACACAUGACACCCCAUCAAAGUUUAAUUUCAGAUAAACAAUAAAUAACUUUUAAGUAUAAAUAUGUCCCAUUAAACAAUGAAUAAUUUUUUGAAGUUUAAAUAUGUCCCCAAUAUUGCAUGGGACAUAUUUAUACUAAAAAAUUAUUCGUUGUUUAUCUGAAAUUCAAAUUUAACUGAACAGCCUAUAUAUGAUUUGGCAACCCUAUCAGUCAGUCUUCUACAAAGUUGCCAAUUUCUGGGAGCCCCCAGUUUGUCAGACAUGUCUACUUAGCAGUAGACACUACUCUAGCUUCAGCCAGGACCCCUAAUCACUAAUGCGAUAAAUAUCAUGGAGGAAGAGGAACUCUCAUUAGGGUAAGUGUGACUCUGAAGGCACAGGAUUAGCUUUGAUGCUGAUAACUUCCGCUGCAGUUCCAAGAAUAAGGAUUGCAGCUCCUCAUGGAGGGGAAACAAGGCGUGGCAGUUUUCCACUGAACUUUCUAGCCCGACAGGAAACAGCUACAUAAGAUGAUAUCCCUGAAAUAUCCCCUGGUUAUCUCAGGCUAGAAAGAUAUUUUAGCGAUUUCCCCAAAAUGCCUGUAUUUCCUCAGAUAAAUAUAGCUUUGAGAUGCCAAAUACAGUGUUGUGGAAAGUCACCAAACUGGAAAGCAGACGUGGGGACAGUGUUCUUUUUUUCAUGAGACCCACAUUUAUGGAUGUAAAUUAAACAGAUAAUGGAAGUUAAGAAAUAUAUCUGUUUCUGGGGUUCCCUGGUGGCGCAGUGGUUAAGAAUCCGCCUGCCAAUGCAGGGGUCACGGGUUCGAGCCCUGGUCCAGGAAGAUCCCACAUGCCACGGAGCAACUAAGCCCUUGUGCCACAACUACUGAGCCUGCGCUCUAGAACCCGUGAGCCACAACUACUGAAGCCCACGUGCCUAGAGCCCGCGCUCCGCAGCAAGAAGCCACGCAGCGCAAUGAAGAGUAGCCCCCACUCGCCGCAACCAGAGAAAGCCCGUAAGCAGCAAUGAAGACCCAACGCAGCCAAAAAUUAAUUAAUUAAUUUUUAAAAAAACAACAACCAGUAACUACCGAUCUGCUUGCUUUUUUUUUGCUUUGCCCUCUAAAUAUGCACCCCUAAAUGCUAUGGUUUAUUUUGCUCGCUUUUGAACUCUGUAUAAAUAGAAUCAUACAUUAUAUAUUCUUUUGUUUUUGGCUUCUUUCAAUCUACAUUUAAGAUUCAACCAUAUUAUUGUGCAGUGCUAUAGAUAAUUUAUUUUUGAUGUAUGAAUAUAGUUAUUAAUUGAUUCUGUUGUUAAUGGAUAUUAAGGCUGUUUCUAGUUUUUGUCUAUCAUGAACUAUGCAUACCAUUUUGAACAUUCUUGAACAUGUACAUUUAUGCAAGAGUUACUUUAGUGUGUAUAUCUAGGAGUGGAACUGCUAGGUUAUAAAGCGUGCCUAUUUUCUAGAUACUGUCAAACUGGUUUUCCAAGUGGUUGUACCAAUCAAUCUAUGGUCCCUUCAGCAAAGUAUGAGAGUUGUUACUCUUGUUUUCUUCUAGAGAGUCUUUUUUUUUUUUUUUUAACAUCUAUUGGAGACACAGACCUACUAGAGAAUGGACUUGAGGAUAUGGGGAGGAGGGGGGGGUAAGCCGGGACGAAGUGAGAGAGUAGCAUUGACAUAUAUACACUACCAAAUGUAAAAUAGAUAGCUAGUGGGAAGCAGCUGCAUAGAGAGUCUUUUCAAUUUGGUUUUUCAACAUUUUGUUUACUUGGGAAAUCUAUACAAAUGGAUGUGGUUAAUAUACACUUUUUUUCCUGGAUUUGUAAGUCAAAGAAUUUUUAAAAUUAUAGCAGCAAAGUCACAUACUAAACAUAGCAAAUAAUCUACAUGAUGAGGAUCACAAUAUAAUUUAUGCGGAUAAACAUGUACAAUUUCUUAUCUUAGUUGGCUUUUAGAAAAGAGAUAGAAUCUGGACAUAUAGACAUAGAGAAGCAAACAAGUAAAAACCAAAUAGACAAACAAAAUUUUAAAAAAUACAUUUGAAAGCCCACCUCUACUCCUUUCUAAAUUCUUGUUAGUAAGUAAGUGUUGAUUAAGAAGAAUUUAUGGAAGCCCAACACAGCUUAAUAUAUUAAAAACACCAUCACCAGGACUUAGGGCCCCUCCCUUCCUUUGAGAAUUAAAUGAUAAUUCUUCCCCCUAACCACUUUUCUUGCAAUAUAAUUGACAUAUAACAUUGUAUUUGUUUAAGGUAUACAACAUAAUGGUUUGAUAUAUGUAUCUAUUGCAAACUGAUUUCCACAAUAAAUUUAGUUAACAUCGGUCACCUUAUAUAGUUAUAAUUUUUUUUCCUGUGGUGAGAACUUUUAAGAUGUAUCUCUUAGCAACUUUCAAAUAUACAAUAUUGUUAACUGUGUAGAGUCACCACGAAGUACAUUACAUCCCCAGAACUUAUUUACCUUAUAACUGGAAGUAUGUACUUUUUGACCACCUUCAUCCAUUCCCCUCCUACCCAUCAUUCAUCUACCCCACUACCCCACCCACCUCCUCAUCUGACAACCACCAAUUUGUUUUCUGUUUCUAUGUUAGGUUAUUUUUGUUUUUUUUUUUAGAUUCCACAGAUAAGUGAGAUCAUGCAUAAAUGUGAUAAUUCUUGGUAAGGACUUAGCACAGAUCCAUACACAGAGUAACUACUCUGUUUGAUUUUUAUUAUGAUCAUUUUUUGACAUCCAAGUAAGAGCUCAUUAAACACAAAUUAAUCUCAUCUCUACUUUAAAGCCAGAGUAUUUUUUUAACAUCUUUAUUGAAGUUUAAUUGCCUUACAAUAGUGUGUUAGCUUCUGCUUUAUAACAAAGUGAAUCAGUUAUACAUAUACAAUAUGUUCCCAUUUCUCUCCCCUCAGAGUAUUUUUUUAAAAGUAAUAAAUCUAACUAUUUGAACUUCCAGCCAGCUAAAUCAAACAUUGAAUUAAGGCUUUCCACAUUUCUUCAAGGAAGAAUUUUUUUAAUAUUACAAAUUGAAGAAAGUGUUCAUUGUAGAAAAAUUAGAAAAUAGAGAUAUAAAAAUAAGAGUAUGUCCACCCAAAAACCUGCCUACAGACGUUUAUAGGAGCUUUAUUCAUAAUUUCCAAAACUUGGAAGCAAUUAAGAUGUCUUUCAGUAGGUGAAUGGGUAAAUAAACUGUGGUACAUCCAGAUAAUGGAAUAUUAUUCAGCACAAAAAAGAAAUGAGCUAGCAAAUCAUAAAAUAAACGGAAGAAACUUAAAUGCAUAUUACUAAGUGAAGGGAGCCAAUCUGAAAAGGCUAUGCACUGUAUGUAUGAUUCCAACUAUAUGACAUUCUGGUAAAGACAAAACUGUGGAGACAGUAAAAAGAUCAGUGGUAGCCAGGGGUUUGGGGGAAGGGAGAAAUGAAUAGGUAGAACGCAUAGGAUUUUUAGCGCAGUGAAACUAUUCUAUGUGACAUGUUAAUGGUGGAUGCAUAUCCAAACCCAGAAUGCACAACACCAAGAAUAAACCCUAAUGUAAACUGAAUUUGGGAGUGAUAAUGAUUUGUCAAAGUAGGUUCAGAGAUUGUAACAAAUGUACCACUCUGGAGCCCAGUGUUGAUAGUAAAGGGAGCUAUGACUGUGUAGGGGCAAAGGGUAUAUGGGAACUCUGUACUUUGUGCUCAAUCUUGCUAUGACCCUAAAACUGCUCUAAAAAAAAUCCAUUUUUUACAAAAGCAGGGAAAAAAGGAGUAAAGAAAAAAAAUUAAACAAAUCCUAACACGUUUUAAACAUUUUGGUAUAUAUUCUUCUGAGUUUGAUAAUUUUAUAUUGUUGUUGUAUUCCAUAAACCUUUCAAAAUCCCUGCCUUUUUUUCCAUUGAUACGAGUCAAGAAAGAAAUCUGUUCACCUUGCUUUGAAAGAUGUUUUUAAAGUGGUGCUUCUCAAACUAUAAAGUCUGUACAAAUCAUUAGGAUUUAUUCAUGUUCUGAUUAGUAGGUCUGGGGUGGGGACUAAGAUUCUGCAUUUCUAACAAGCUCCUUCUUUGGGCUGCAGACUACACCUUGUACAACAAGGUUCUGGAGCUUAAAGUGAAACAGUUUCCUACUUUUAGAAGAGUCAUUUGACACUCUUUUUUGUGGAAUUUUUUUAUUCCUUGAACUGCAAACUAACUGCUUCCAAGAUGCUUGACAUUGCUAAUUAUUAGAGAAAUGCAAACCAAAACUACAAUGAGGUUAUUACCUCUCACCGGUCAGAAUGGCCAUCAUCAAAAAGUCUACAAAUAAUAAAUGCUAGAGCGGAUGUGGGGAAAAGGAAACACUCCUACACUGUUGGUGGAAAUGUAAAUUGGUGCAGCCAUUAUGGAAAACAGUAUGGAGGUUCCUUAAAAAAAACUAAAAAUAGAGUUACCAUAUGAUCCAGCAAUCCCACUCCUGGGCACAUACCCGGAAAAGGUGAAACCUCUAAUUCGAAAAGAUACGUGCACCCCAAUUGCACUAUUUACAAUAGCCAGGACAUGAAAGCAACCUAAGUGUCCAUCAACAGAUGAAUGAAUAUAGAAGAUGAGGCAUAUAUAUAUAUAUAUAUAUAUAUAUAUAUAUAUAUAUAUCAUAUAUAUGUGACAUAUAUAUGACAUACACACACACACACAUAAUGGAAUAUUACUUGGCUAUAAAAAAGAAUAAAAUAUUGCCAUUUGCAGCAACAUGGAUGGACCUAGAGAUUAUCAUACUGAGUGAAGUAAGCCAGACAGAGAAGGAAAAAUAUUAUAUCACUUAUAUGUGGAAUCUAAAAAAAAAAUACAAACGAACUUAUUUACAAAACAGAAAUAGACUCACAGACAUAGAAAACAAACUUAUGGUUACCAAAGGGGAAAAAGGGGGGGGGGGGAUAAAUUAGGAGUAUGGGAUUAACAGAUACACACCACUAUAUAUAAGAUAGAUAAAUAACAAGGAUUUACUGUAUAGCACAGAAAACUAUACUCAAUAUCUUGUAAUAACCUAUUAUGGAAAAGCAUCAGAAAAAAAUAUGUAUAACUGAAUCACUUUGAUGUACACCUGAAACUAACACAACAUUGUAAAUCAACUAUACUUAAAUAAAAAUAAAAUAAAAUCACUACUGGUAGUGAAAAAGAAGUUGGAAGUGAGAUGAGUGGGUGGGUGAGUAGUUGUAUGUCAAAGAAAAUACGAUGUAGAAAGGAUUAAGAGGUUAAAUGCGAGGACAAUAAACCUGUUGUAGAUGCUCUAUAAAUAUUUGACAAGAAUUAAAUCUAGCAUAGUGUGAAUAUAAUUCCUUUUCAAAACCACUUACUUCUGCCUUUAUCUUGCAUGUAAUUAUUGUCAUUUUAGAAUUGUCACAAACACAGCUCUCCUUUUCACUAAAAUGAUUUUGUAACUUUCAACAUUCAUUAAACGUUUUGUCUAUAAAGAAGAACAAAUAAACAAAAAACCCUAA